CCGCCCACCACCGGGAUGUCCUUCAGCAAGACCGGUGGCCGGCUGCGGCUGCGGGUGCCGUGGCCGCCGUGCCACCGUGGACACCAGCCGCCACAGCGGGAGGCUCGCUUCCGAAGGAUGGGUGACCACAGCUGGAUGCAGGUGACAUGUGAGAUGGUGACGAACCAGGAUGACUCAGUGACCUGCGCCCUGGGGAGGGAAGGCGCCUUCGAGGUCCAGCUCCGGCACAAGUCCCCCCACUGGAGCAGCUACUGGAGUGACUGGAGCAGCUCCAUCUUUGUUCCCGAAGAAAUCCUGGCGAGCCCAGUGCUGAGCUACCAGCUGGGAAAACUGGGGAGAGAUGGGCAGCGGGUGCUGAGGCUGGGCUGGCAGCGAGCCCCCGUGGAGCAGGGGGAUGUCACCUACACGCUGCGUGCCCACAUGCUGGCAUGUCGCUGCACCGAGCCAGCCGACGAGGACACGGUGGAGCUGGGGACGGAGGUGACGGCACACAACCUCACCCUCUCCGGGGGCGAGUAUGAAAUCCUGCUGACGGCAUCCAAUGCCGCCGGGCCGGGGCCAGCGCGGCAGCUCCGUGUGCCACCGGAGCAGAGCGCAGGUACCUGCCCUGCGGAAGGACUGAGCUCCCUGGCAGUCUCGAGGGACCUAUUUUCCCAGCCAUCCCUCACACCCCCACAUUUCAUCCCAGAUCUCGGCUUCAAGAACGUCACCGUGGCUGGCAGCACCAUGUUGGCAUGGUGGGAAGCACAGAGCCCUGGCUCCAUCUACUGCUUCGAGCAGCAGCAGCUGCCAGAAGCCCCGAAACAGGGCGUUUGCAUCCGACGGGAUUUCCCUGCCAAGAGCAUCCACGUGGAGAGAGGAGCACUGGAAGCACCGGCGUGUUACCGCCUCGCUGUGCACAGCUGGGCCCGGCCACAGCGCUGGUCCACCUUUGCCCUGCAGCACUACUACGCCAGCAAGGCCUCGCUGGCCGUGCCCAUCCGCAUCAACACCAGCGCCGGGGAUGCUGCCGUUGUCUGGUGGAGCCCGUCCCCCCGCGCCGCCUGUCCCGGGGCGCUGGCCAAGUAUCUCAUCUGCCACGCGGCCGAGGGGGACAAUGUGACCUACAGCGAAGCGGACGCCGCGGCGUCGCAGUACACCCUCCAAAACCUACAGCCCAGCACAGCCUACAGGGUGGGUGUUUGGGAGGUGACAGCAGAGAGCAGGGGGACCUGCAGCCCUUGGUGGCACUUUCAGACCAAGGCUCUGGGUUCCCAGGGACCAGCGUGGAAAUCCAACCUGAAGUACCUGGGCCUCUUGCUCAGUCUCCCCGCCAUAGCUGCUGUCUACCAGCUGAGCAAAAAAAGGGCUCGACGCCUCCUCUUCCCACCCCUGCCCAAGCCCAUGGGCAGCAAAGCCAUCCAGUUCUCUGCAGGCGAAAUGAGCCAGGGACACCACUGGCCGGGCUUCGUGGAGCCCUCAGAGAGGUUCAGCGCAGCCGAGCUGCUGCUAACGAAGCUGAAUCCCGGCAAGGAGCCGACCGACGCCGGCACACGGCCCAGCACGCCGCAGCCCAGCCCCACGGCUGAAGAACCCAUGGUCGUGUGCCCACCGGGCUGCGAGAAGGAGCUGCCGUUCGCCUACCAGAGGCAGGAGGUGCUGAGCCCGGUUGGAUUUCCACCAGCUGGCAGCAAAGAGGAGAAGAAGAAAAAGGAGGAGGAGGAGGAGCAGGGAAGGCAGGGGCUGCACCAGCUGCUGGUCCCCAUCGCUCUGCUCAUCUCUGACAAACCUGUCAUCAUCAGGGACUCGGAAGGCUGGGACUCAUCGCUGGAGAAGUCGGUGCCGUAGCCAGCGCCAGGCUGGGGCAGCGGGGAUGGAUGGCGGGAGGGGGACGAGGCAGGGUCCCAUGGGAUGCUGAGCAGGCAUGCAGGAUGCUGAGCACCCAUCCCACGGGGUCGUGGUCCCACCGGCACUUUCAGGGAGAUUUCUGGUUUCCAGGACAAGGAAGGUGAUGCCUCCAGAUGCAGCAUCGUAUGGGGCUAGGAUCUGGCCAUGUGCUUCCCAGCCUUGAUCUUUCAUCGGUAAUAAAUAACGAGGGAAGGUGGUUGCGGAGUCUGGCAGGGGCUGAGGGUAGUCCCUUGGCCAGGUUGGGAGGAGAGGCAGAGCUUCAUCCCAGCCAGCUGCCUCCUGCCACAGCUGGGGCCAGCAUCGCCCCAGCCCCUGCAAGACGGGGGCAUAAACAGCCCUAGCACCAAACACCGGCUACUUCAAAAAAAUUAAAAAUAUGCAAAAACAAAUAAAUAUGCAAGAUUUAAAAAUAUGCAAGAUUUAAAAAAAUUAAAAAUAAAUGCAACAAUAGAAAUAUGCAAAAAUUAAAAAAUUGAAAAUAAAUGCAUGAAGCAGC